CCCAGCCAACACAUGUACCCUAAAAACAAGACAGGGAGAUAAGAAAUCCACCAAUGAGAACUUGACACCAAAUCUGUCCUAAACCAUCCUGGUUUUAGAUCCCUUUCUUAUGCAACUAUUCCCUUUCACCGUCCUCUUCUUUUUUUAUUCCUUACUUCCGUUCUCCCUCCAUUGAUAUAUAUCUUAUAAAAAUUGUAUUCCUACAUUUUAGAUAUCAAUCAAAUAGUUAUAAAAUCCAAGUGUUAAUUGGUUUAAUCGUCUCUCCCAAAUUCAAAUUCCACAUUUUUUUAUCCUACAAAUAUGGUUUCGUGGAUCUUAUAUAAAAGAGUAUGAACAUUAAUUUCUAGGUUUAUAUAACAAAUCAUGCAUUUAGUUUUUUUAGUACGUACGUACAUUUUUCUUAAACGUUAAAAAAAAGAUAGAAGCGUAGAAUACACAUAUAGUCUAUCGUAAGGCCAUUAAUCAGCCUUUACCUUUACCAUAUUUAUAAGAACUAAACUAUUGUCAGCUGAUGAGGCAGUUAAUGUUUGAAGUUAGAACGCAAAAUCUUUCAAAGUUAUUCGGGAAAGAGACCCUGUAAAAGCAAGCUAGAUGGGGAGAGGAAGGGUGCAGUUGAAGCGGAUCGAGAACAAGAUUAGCAGACAGGUAACAUUCUCCAAGAGAAGAACAGGUUUGCUCAAGAAAGCUCAUGAGAUCUCUGUCUUGUGUGAUGCUGAUGUUGCUCUCAUCGUUUUUUCCACUAAAGGCAAACUUUUUGAGUACGCCACUCACUCCAGUAUGGAGACGAUUCUUGAGAGGUAUGAAAGGUAUUCGUAUGCAGAGAAAUUGCUCACUGCUCCUGAAACCGAAACACAGGCAAGCUGGACUCUUGAAUCCUCCAAGCUUAAGGCAAAGAUUGAAGUUCUUGAAAAGAACAUAAGGUAG